AUGAGUAGUUCAUCGGAAGAAGAUAAUAUAGCAUUAUCAAAAAGAAGUCAUAAGUCUAAAAAUGGUAGUUCAACUAAAAGGAAGAAAUUACACCCUCCAUCUUCGGAAGAUGAAGAUGAUCUACCUUUAAGUAAACGGGCUGAAACUGCAACUCCUAGUGCAUCACCCGUCAAAAAGAGAAAGCUUGAUUCAAAUGGAUCAUCUUCCAAAUCAAAUGGUACUUCAAAAAGUUCUUCUUCAACCAAGAAGAGAAUAAAAGUUGAAUCUAACCCUUCCACUCCUAAAAAUUCAGUUAAAAAGAGUUCUUCCAGUACCGUAACACCUAAUAACGUAACAAAGAGUGCUAAAAAGGAAAAAGAAACCAAGAAAGAUUCCAAAACCAAAGUCAAAGCUGAAGAAGUAAAAGAAGAUUCACCAUCACAAUCUCAACAAGCUGAAGAUGAAGAUGAUGAUUCUUAUAAAUGGUGGGAAGCUGAAGAUUUAGAUGGAGAAGUGAAAUGGGACACGUUGGAACAUAAUGGGGUUUUAUUCCCACCUGAAUAUGAACCAUUGCCUUCUCAUAUUAAAUUAUUUUACGAUGGUAAACCAAUUGAUUUACCACCAGUUGUGGAAGAAGUUGUUGGUUUUUAUGCUGCUAUGUUGGAAACUGAUCAUGCUAAGAAUCCUGUAUUUCAAAAUAAUUUCUUUGAAGAUCUUGUUCAAAUCAUUAAAGAAACCAAAAAUGAACAGUUAAGAGCCACUAUUAAGGAUUUUAACAAAUGUGAUUUUUCAAAAAUGUAUACUUAUUUUGAACAAUUAAGAGAAGAAAAAAAAUCUCUUAGUAAAGAUGAAAAGAAAAGGAUAAAAGAAGAAAAGGAAAAAUUAGAAGAACCUUUUAAAACUUGUUAUUUAAAUGGUAGACCUGAAAUGGUGGGGAAUUUUAGAGUUGAACCUCCUGGUUUAUUCAGAGGUAGAGGUGCUCAUCCUAAAACUGGUAAAUUAAAAAGAAGAGUAUUUCCUGAAAAUGUUACUUUAAAUUUAGGUAAGAAUGCUAAAAUCCCUGAACCACCUGCUGGUCAUGAAUGGGGAGAAAUUAGACAUGAUAAUACCGUGGCAUGGUUAGCUAUGUGGAAAGAAAAUAUUGCUGAUAGUUUAAAAUAUGUUAGAUUUGCUGCUUCAUCAUCUAUUAAAGGUCAAUCUGAUUUCAAAAAGUUUGAAACUGCAAGACAAUUGAAACAUCAUGUUGAAUCAAUUAGAAAAGAUUAUACUAAGAAUUUAAAGAGUGAAUUAAUGCAAGAUCGUCAAUUAGCAUCAGCUACUUAUUUAAUUGAUAAAUUUGCUUUAAGAGCUGGUGGUGAAAAAGGUGACGAUGAAGCUGAUACAGUUGGAUGUUGUUCAUUAAGAUUUGAACAUAUUACCUUAAAACCACCUAAUAUUGUGGUAUUUGAUUUCCUUGGUAAAGAUUCGAUUAGAUAUUAUCAAGAAGUUGAAGUUGAUAAACAAGUAUUUAAAAAUUUAAGAAUUUUUAAAAAGAGUCCGAAGGGACCUGGUGAUGAUUUAUUCGAUAGAAUCAAUCCAUCACUUUUAAAUAAACAAUUACAGAAUUAUAUGAAGGGGUUAACUGCUAAAGUGUUCCGUACUUAUAAUGCAUCAAAAACCAUGCAAGAUCAAUUGGAUUUAAUUACUAAUGAAGGUACUGUGGCGGAAAAGAUUGUCAAGUUUAAUGCUGCUAAUAGAACCGUUGCUAUAUUAUGUAACCAUCAAAGGACCGUUUCCAAAAGUCAUGGAAGCGUUGUUCAAAAGAUUAAUGAUAAAUUAAAGGAACUUUUAUGGCAAAAGAUUCGAUUAAAGAAGAUGAUUUUACAAAUUGAACCUAAUUUAAAGAAAAAGGAUAAGGCUUAUUUUGAAGAAAUUAAUGAUUUAAUCAAAGAAGAUGAACAAUACAUUCAUGAAAUUGUUAUUCAAAGACAAAGAGAACAAGUGUUAAAGAAAAUGGCUCGUGAUAAUGAGAAAUUGAAAGCUGAAAAGGAACCUUUAUUAACUGAAAAAUCAGAAUCAAUUAAAGAAAAAUUAGAUAAAAUCAAAGAAUUAGAAAAAGAGUAUAAAGCCGAAUUGAAAUCAGGGAAGCCAGAAGUCAAGAAACAAUUAACAGUUGAGAAAUUGAAACAACAAAUUGAAACCAUUGAAACUAGAAUCGUAAAUACUUCCUUACAAUUAAAGGAUAAAGAAGAUAAUUCUGAAGUUUCAUUAGGUACUUCCAAGAUGAAUUAUAUUGAUCCAAGAUUAACAGUGAUGUUCUCAAAGAAAUACGAUGUACCAAUAGAGAAAUUAUUCACUAAGACCUUGAGAGAGAAAUUCACUUGGGCCAUUGAAUCUACUGAUAAAGAUUGGAGAUUUUAG